GCACUUUUUGUUUUGGUUUUGAAUGCGAUUGUCGGAAACGCCGAUUCGCUCGCGAAAAAGUUAACAUUCAACUGAAAAUUUGACGUUUGGUAGGGCUGAUAUAUUGCAGAAAGUAAUCCUGCAGUUCUGUAAAGAUGUAUCCACAAAGCUCGCAGCGCAAACAUUGGACAUUCAAAAGCGAACAGGAGCUGUCCGAACUGCGGGUGAAACAAAACAAAAACUUUAUUCUUCGGCAUGGUUCUGGAAUGAGCGAAGAACAAAGGGCUGCCUUUUUUCUGUCGGCUGAUGAGGAACGAUUGCUGCUCAAACAGUACGAGCUGCAGUUGAAAGAGUUCUGCAAAAGAUUCGAGCCACCCAUGCCGAAAUAUGUGGUCGGAACAGCAUUCCACUAUUUUAAACGCUUCUAUCUCAAUAACUCGUCAAUGGACUACCACCCGAAAGAAAUACUGGCGACAUGUGUUUAUCUUUCCUGCAAAGUUGAGGAAUUCAACGUUUCCAUAGGGCAAUUUGUUGCCAACAUCAAAGGUGACCGGAGCAAGGCAAUGGACAUCAUCCUGUCCAAUGAGCUUUUGCUGAUGCAGGAGCUCAACUACUAUCUUACAAUUUACAAUCCGAUUCGUCCCGUGGAAGGUUUCCUAAUUGAUAUAAAGACACGCUGUAAUAUGAACAACCCAGAUCGGCUGAGGCCAGGAAUAGAUGAUUUUAUUGAUAAAACGUUCUUAACAGAUGCCCCUUUGCUUUAUGCACCAUCUCAGAUUGCGCUAGCAGCUGUGCUGCAUGCGGCUAGCAAGGAACAGGAAAAUCUGGACAGCUACGUUACCGAGUCGUUGUUUGGUACGGCCAAGGACAAGUUGCCGGUGUUGAUCGAAGCGGUGCGGAGAGUUCGUUCGAUGGUUCGAACCAUAGAGCUUCCGCAGAAGGACAAGGUGCGGUCACUGGAGAAAAAGCUGGAAAAAUGUCGCAAUCAAGAGAAUAACCCGGACAGCCACAUCUACAAACAACGAAUGAAAAAGAUGUAUGAAGAUGAGGAUGAUGUCGAAUUGUUGGGUUCUUCAUACCACAUGAGCACCACGGAUGCCAGUCUGGAAAUAACGCAGCUAAAUAGCAGUACGAAUGCCGCAAAUAUGUCUAUAGAAUAGGCGUACUUAUGACAUUGUUAUCAAAUAAAAUAUUGAAUCAGUUUUUGUAACAUGAA